AUGCCUCCUUUCAUCAAUAAUCCAUUGCCGUCGUCGAUGCGCAGCGAGUGCAAGAAAUGUGGUCGCAUCCUUGCCUCGUUCAUCGACCCUCGGCAGGCAUUUGGCCCUGACAAAAUCAUUCCUCCGCACAUCCUGGCUAAUGCCGAGGGCCUUGCCAUUCUGACCGUCUUCAAAGCCGGUUUCCUCGGAUCUGGCAGGUUUGGUAGUGGUGUUGUUGUUGCCCGAAAGGAGGAUAAGUCCUGGUCUGCGCCGUCAGCGAUUGGAACCGUUGGUGGUGGUUUCGGUGGCCAAAUUGGUUUUGAGCUGACUGACUUUGUUUUUAUUCUGAAUGACAAAGCGGCCGUCAAAACCUUCGCGCAGGUCGGUUCUCUUACACUCGGAGGCAAUGUAUCUAUUGCCGCCGGUCCAGUCGGUCGCAGUGCUGAAGCAGCUGGCGCUGCCUCUCUGAAAUCAGUCAGCGGAAUCUUCGCCUACAGCAAAACUAAGGGCUUGUUCGCGGGAGUCUCGCUAGAGGGUAGCGUGCUAAUAGAGCGUCGCGAUGCAAACGAAAAGAUGUAUGGCCGAAAGCUCACAGCAAGGGAGCUUCUCGGAGGAAGCGUUCCCAUGCCGGCACAAGCGGAGCCACUUUUGCGUGUGCUCAACUCGCGCGUUUUCGGCGGUGUCAAUCCUGGCCCUGCUCGCGGCACAGACGACAUGUACAACGAUGUGCCUGUAUACGACGACGCGAACGAUGAUGCGAGCUGGAAUGCUCAAAGUCCGACAAACAACAGUGGAGGUUUCGGCAGCGACCACUAUGGCAAACCGUCUCGCGCUGCUACUUGGCAAGACGACCCAUACGAUCGUGCAUCUGCGCGCAUGUCUUCGCCACGCGCCAAUCCUAGCGAAACAUUUGACCGACUAGAAUCUUCCCGUUCCGCCCGUUCCUCGACCUUCUCCUCCGCGGCUGGAGUUGAUCCCUCCGACAAUUAUGUCUACUCAGAUCGAAAAGGCCCGGCUCCAGCAAGACCAACAGCGCCAAAACCAGCUUUUGGGACUGGCGACAAGAAGGCUUUGGCACCAGGUCAGGCAAGAGCCAAAUUCAAGUUCGAGGCCGCACAGCCUGGAGACUUGGGGUUCAACAAAGGCGAUAUCAUCACCAUAGUCAAAAGAACGGAGAACGAGACGGAUUGGUGGACGGGAAGGAUAGGCGACCGGGAAGGUAUUUUUCCGAGCAAUUACAUCGAGACCGUUUGA